AAGAAUUUCCCAAUCUGUGGUUAGAAGUCCCAGCCUCCUGUACUAAGGAAAUGCCCAGUAACUUUCAUUUUCGAGAUUGUGCUCCUUCAAGGCAGUAGGAAGAUACUAAGCCUAUUAUCUAUGGCUGAAGACAAACACAACAAAAACCCACUUAAGAUGUUGGAAUCUUUGGGCAAAGAACUCAUUUCUGGCCUUUUGGAUGACUUCGUGGAAAAAAAUGUCCUGAAGUUGGAAGAAGAGGAGAAGAAAAAAAUUUAUGAUGCCAAACUUCAAGACAAAGCCCGAGUCUUGGUUGAUUCUAUACGACAGAAAAACCAAGAGGCAGGUCAAGUCUUUGUUCAAACUUUCCUAAACAUAGACAAAAAUUCCACCAGUAUAAAAGCUCCUGAGGAAACUGUGGCUGGACCAGACGAGUCAGCAGGAUCUGCAACUACCCUCAAGCUUUGCCCUCAUGAAGAGUUCCUGAAACUGUGUAAAGAAAGGGCUGGAGAGAUCUAUCCAAUAAAGCAGAGAAAGGACCGCACUCGUCUGGCUCUCAUCAUAUGCAAUACAGAGUUUGAUCACCUGCCUCCCAGGGAUGGUGCUGCCCUUGACAUCCUUGGAAUGAAGCAGCUGCUUGAGGGUCUUGGCUACACUGUGGAAGUGGAAGAAAAACUCACAGCCAGCGACAUGGAAUCAGUGCUGUGGAAAUUUGCUGCACGUGAAGAGCACAAAUCCUCAGACAGUACAUUCUUGGUGUUCAUGUCUCAUGGCAUCCUGGAUGGGAUCUGCGGGACUAUGCACAGUGAUGGAAAACCAGAUGUGCUACCUUAUGACACCAUCUUCCGGAUAUUCAACAACCGUAAUUGCCUCAGUCUGAAGGACAAACCUAAAGUCAUCAUUGUCCAGGCCUGCAGAGGUGCAAACCGUGGGGAACUGUGGGUCAGUGACUCCCCAGCAGCCCUGGUGGACAGCUUUUCCCUGCCACCCGAGAACCUGGAAGAAGACGCUGUUUACAAGACCCACGUGGAGAAGGACUUCAUUGCCUUCUGUUCCUCAACGCCACAUAAUGUGUCCUGGAGAGACAUCAAAAAAGGUUCUCUCUUCAUUACACGACUCAUCACAUGCUUCCAAAAAUAUGCUUGGUGCUGUCAUCUUGAGGAAGUAUUUAGGAAGGUACAACAAUCAUUUGAAAAACCAAAUGUUAAAGCUCAGAUGCCCACUGUUGAACGACUUUCUAUGACAAGAUAUUUCUACCUCUUUCCUGGCAACUGAAAAUAAAAGUGAAGAGUAACUAAAGAGUCUCUUGGUGAAGAUAAAAGAGGAGAAUGAAAAAGCUGACUUAAAACUCAACAUUCAAAAAGUGAAGACCAUGGUUUCUGGUCCCAUCACUCCAUGGCAAAUAGAUGGCAAAACAAUGGAAGCAGUGACAGACUUUAUUUUCCUGGGCUCCAAAAUCACUGUAGAUGGUGACUGUAUCCAUGAAAUUAAAAAAGGCUUGCUCCUUGGAAGAACAGCUUUGAUAAACCUAGACGAUAUAUUAAAAAGCAGAGAUAUCACUUCGCCAAUAAAGUUCUGUAUAGUCAAAGCUAUGGUUUAUCAAGAUGUCUUGUAUGGAUAUGGCAGCUGGACCAUAAAGAAGGUUGAGUGCCAAAGAAUUGAUGCUUUUGAACUGUGGUGUUGGAGAAGACUCUUGAGAGUCCCUUGGACAGCAAGGAGAUCAAAUUAGCCUAUCCUAAAAGAAAUCAGUCCUGAAUAUACUUUGGAAGAACUGAGGGUAAAGCUAAAGCUCCAAUUCUUGAACCACAUUUUGUGAUAAGUGAACUCAUUAUAAAAGAUCCUGAUGCUGGGGAAGAUUGAAGAAUCUCCAAUCAUGGAUUGGAAGAAUCAAUAUUGUCAAAAUGGCUAUUCUACCCAAAGCAAUCUAUAGAUUCAAUGCAAUCCCUAUCAAGCUACCAACGGUAUUUUUCACAGAACUAGACCAAAGAAUUUCACAAUUUGUAUGGAAAUACAAAAAACCUCGAAUAGCCAAAGUAAUCUUGAGAAAGAAGAAUGGAACUGGAGGAAUCAACCUGCCUGACUUCAGACUCUACUACAAAGCCACAGUCAUGAAGACAGUAUGGUACUGGCACAAAGACAGAAAUAUAGAUCAAUGGAACAGAAUAGAAAACCCAGAGAUAAAUCCACGAACCUAUGGACACCUUAUCUUUGACAAAGGAGGCAAGGAUAUACAAUGGAAAAAAGACAACCUCUUUAACAAGUGGUGCUGGGAAAACUGGUCAACCACUUGUAAAAGAAUGAACCUAGAACACUUUCUAACACCAUACACAAAAAUAAACUCAAAAUGGAUUAACGAUCUAAGAUGUAAGACCAGAAACUAUAGAACUCCUAGAGGAGAAUAUAGGCAAAACACUCUCUGACAUAAAUCACAGCAAGAUCCUUUAUGACCCACCUCCCAGAAUAUUGGAAAUAAAAGCAAAACUAAACAAAUGGGACCUAAUGGAACUUAAAAGCUUUUGCACUACAAAGGAAACUAUAAGUAAGGUGAAAAGACAGCCCUCAGAUUGGGAGAAAAUAAUAGCAAAUGAAGCAACUGACAAAGGAUUAAUCUCAAAAAUAUACAAGCAACUCCUGCAGCUCAAUUCCAGAAAAAUAAAUGACCCAAUCAAAAAAUGGGCCAAAGAACUAAACAGACAUUUCUCCAAAGAAGACAUACAGAUGGCUAACAAACACAUGAAAAGAUGCUCAACAUCACUCAUUAUUAGAGAAAUGCAAAUCAAAACCACAAUGAGGUACCAUUACACGCCAGUCAGAAUGGCUGCUAUCCAAAAGUCUACAAGCAAUAAAUGCUGGAGAGGGUGUGGACAAAAGGGAACCCUCUUACACUGUUGGUGGGAAUGCAAACUAGUACAGCCACUAUGGAAAACAGUGUGGAGAUUUCUUAAAAAACUGGAAAUAGAACUGCCAUAUGACCCAGCAAUCCCACUUCUGGGCAUACACACUGAGGAAACCAGAUCUGAAAGAGACACGUGCACCCCAAUGUUCAUUGCAGCACUGUUUAUAAUAGCCAGGACAUGGAAGCAACCUAGGUACCCAUCAGCAGAUGAAUGGAUAAGGAAGCUGUGGUACAUAUACACCAUGGAAUAUUACUCAGACAUUAAAAAGAAUUGAUUUGAACCAGUCCUAAUGAGAUGGAUGAAACUGGAGCCCCUUAUACAGAGUGAAGUAAGCCAGAAAGAUAAAGAACAUUACAGCAUACUAACACAUAUAUAUGGAAUUUAGAAAGAUGGUAACGAUAACCCUAUAUGCAAAACAGAAAAAGAGACACAGAAAUACAGAACAGACUUUUGAACUCUGUGGGAGAAUGUGAGGGUGGGAUAUUUCAAAAGAACAGCAUGUAUACUAUCUAUGGUGAAACAGAUCACCAGCCCAGGUGGGAUGCAUGAGACAAGUGCUUGGGCCUGGUGCACUGGGAAGACCCAGAGGAAUCGGGUGGAGAGGAAGGUGGGAGGGGGGAUCGGGAUGGGGAAUACGUGUAAAUCUAUGGCUGAUUCAUAUCAAUGUAUGACAAAACCCACUGAGAUGUUGUGAAGUAAUUAGCCUCCAACUAAUAAAAAAUAAAAAUAAAAAAAAUAAAAAAUUAAAAAAAUAAAAAAUUAAAAAUCCUGAUGCUGUGGAAGAUUGAAGGCAAGUGGGGAAGGGGAGAACAGAGGAUGAGAUGGUUGGAUGGCAUCAUCAACUCAAUGGACAUGAAUUUGAACAAGCUCCAGGAGAUGGUGAAAGACAGUGAGGCCUUGUGUGCUGCAGUCCAUAGGGUCUCAAAGAGUUGGACAUGACUGAGCGGCUAAACAACAACAAUGAAGGGUAGAUUUGUGGCCUAGAAUGUGAUCUAUUCUGGAGAAUGUUCCAUGUGCACUUGAGAAAAAUGGAAAUCCAUUAUUUUUUUUGUGUGUGAAAUGCCCAGAGAUAUCAAUUAUGCCCAGGCCUAACUGGUUCAAUGUAUUGUUUAAAACUUGUGUUUCAUUGUUAAUUUUCUGUCUGGAUGAUCUGUCCAUUGAUGUGAGUGGUGUAUUAAAUAAAGCCCCGCACUAUUAUUGUGUUA